CUCGCUGCCGCUGGGGCCGCCGCGGCUCCUCUGCCGGGUCGCGCCGGACGACGGGGCUUCGGGCGGCGGCCUGGGCGGCCUGAGGACCGACGGCUGGGCCGAGACGCAGGCCCCCCACGCCUGCCGUCUCCCCGGUGCUGCCAGCGCCGGGCCUGCGCCAUGGCCGCCUCGCCAGGCUCCGGCAGCGCCAACCCGCGGAAGUUCAGUGAGAAGAUCGCGCUACACACGCAGCGGCAGGCCGAGGAGACGCGGGCCUUCGAGCAGCUCAUGACCGACCUCACCCUGUCGCGGGUUCAAUUCCAGAAGCUUCAGCAACUGCGCCUUACCCAGUACCACGGAGGAUCCCUCCCCAAUGUGAGUCAGCUGCGGAGCAACGCACCCGAGUUCCAGCCAUCGCUCCACCAGGCGGACAGCAUCCGGGGAACCCGCCACCACGGCCUGGUGGAGAGGCCGUCAAGGAGCCGUUUCCACCCGCUGCACCGGAGGCCCGGGGACAAGCCCGGCCGGCAGUUUGAUGGCAGCACUUCAGGAGCCAAUUACUCUUCGCAGCCCCUGGACGAGAGCUGGCCAAGGCAGCAGCCUCCUUGGAAAGAAGAAAAGCAUCCAGGCUUCAGGCUGACAGCUGCGCUGAACAGGACCAAUUCUGACUCUGCUCUUCACACAAGUGCUCUGAGCACCAAGCCCCAGGACCCCUACGGAGGAGGGGCCCAGUCAGCCUGGCCUGCCCCGUGCAUGGGUUUCUGUGAUGGCGAGCAUGAUGGGCAUGGGGAAGUUGCGUCUUUUCCCAGCCCAUUGAAAGAAGAGAAUCUGUUAAAUGUUCCAAAGCCACUGCCUAAACAGGUGUGGGAGACCAAGGAGAUUCAGUCGCUGUCAGGGCGGCCUCGGUCCUGCGACGUGGGAGGCGGCAAUGCUUUUCCACAUAACGGUCAGAACAUGGGGCUCUCGCCCUUCCUGGGGACUCUGAACACAGGCGGCUCCCUCCCGGAUCUCACCAACUUGCACUACACGGCGCCCCUGCCAGCCUCCCUGGAUGCCAGCGACCAUCUGUUGGGCAGCACCAGCAUGGGCAACAGUGUGGGCAAUCUGCCCGCUGCAAUGACCCACCUGGGGAUACGAAGCUCAUCUGGGCUCCAGAGUUCCCGGAGUAACCCCUCCAUCCAGACAACGCUCAACAAGAUGGCACUGGCCUCGCCCCUCAACAGCCAUCCGCAGCCCUCAGCCACCAACACUUCCACCCUCCACCCUUCACUCCGGCUUUUCUCCCUCAGCAACCCAUCUUUGCCCACUACAAACCUGAGUGGCCCCUCCCGGCGCCGGCAGCCACCUGUCAGCCCCCUCACACUCUCUCCAGGCCCAGAAGCACAUCCCAGCUUCGGCAGACAGCUCUCUUCCAGCAGCCCACUGAACCCCUACCCUGCCUCUCAGAUGUUGUCUCCCGAUCGAGGCCCACUUGCCUUCCUGCCCACAGAAGCGCCAGCCCAAGUGUCCCCGCCACCCCCUUACCCCACAGCCCAUGAGCUGCCCCAACCUGUCCUGCAGCAACCCCCUACCCAGGAGCCCCCUGUUCAGCAGCCCCAGGCAGCAUCGUCAGACUUCCAGCUUCUCCAACCCCAGGGCUCAUCUUUAACCAGCUUCUUCCCUGACGUGGGCUUCGACCAACACUCCCUUAGGCCAGCCACAGCCUUCGCUCAGCAGGUGCCCCUGGUGCAACAAGGUCCCCGAGGAGAACCGCAGGACACGUUCCAGCUGAGGUCAGCCUUGUACUCCAGCUGCGGGAGCUUCCCGCCCACCCUGCUGACGGAAGACUCGGGCUCCAGCCUGUUCAAAGAGCUUGGCAGCACCCUGACCGGGAUGCCCGAGGUCAACCUGAAUGUGGACGCACCCUUUCCCUUGGAGGAGGAGCUGCAGAUUGAGCCCCUGAGCCUGGACGGACUCAGCAUGCUGAGUGACUCCAGCAUGGGCCUGCUGGACCCCGCCGUGGAGGAAACCUUUCGGACUGACCGCCUGUGAGCCACCCACCUACCCGUCUGCCUGCCUGCCUGCCAGGGCUGGGAGCCUGCCAGCAACGGGACUGCGGCCCCUCGGCCUGUAGCUCCCUGCUUCCAGAUGGGCUGCAUCCCAGGCCCUGUCGUAGGCUGCAGCGGCGCACACUGUGCCUUCAUCUCUGUGACCUCCCGUCUCUUCUCGCCGUCCAGUACAGAGCCCAGGAGUCUGGGUCAUGCUCAGAGCCUGCCAUCUCUAUCAGCAUGGAGGAAGGGCCCAGGGUAGGGGGCAGGCGGGGGCUGCUGCCCAUGGCACAGGCUCAGUGGGAAGCCCCAGGCUCUAGCCUGAGCCCGUGCCUCCCAAUUGAAUGAUCGACCUUCACAGUUGGAGGCUUUGCAGGGCUCAACUGGUAAUGGGGCUCCGUGCUUGCUGGGGAAAGCUCAGCCCUGGCACAGGGACUCAGUUCCCAGCCCCUGGCUCCCAGCCCCUUUUCUGCUGCUUAGCCCACCUCUCCCUGGUCCCAGGGGGGAAAAAACAGUUCUUCUCAGUCAGCAAGAAAGGCCCUGGGUGCCCCAUGCUCACUCCCAGCAGCCCACAGCCUCCCUUGUGCCAACUGUACAUUCACAGCUCCCCCACCCCCAGCGUGUCCUACAGGCCCACAGCCCCACUUGGGGACCCCAGCUGCCUACCAGGCCGGCGCUUGGCGACAGACUCACUGGGAGCUGGCCUGUCCCAUGCUGGGUCUUCUCAGAGCCUCAGCUGCCUCUUACUGCCCUUCUAACACCAGGGGAUUGCGUCUGUGCCCCAGCCCUGUCGCCCCUCCCCAGGCCUACCUGCAACCCUUCCCACUCAGGUUUCUCUGGAGACUAGCUUUGCACAAACACAAAGGCCUGAUUGCUGGGACCCCCAUGAACCCUAAGAUUGGCCCUCGAACAGGAAGCGUGAAGGGGACAAAGCCUGCCAGGCCCAUGAGGCCAGGGUCUGGGCAAAGAUCAGGUAGCUGGGGAUGGAGAGAACCCUUCAGAAGGCAAGGAAGGUGCUGAAAGCUUCGCGGGAACAGCCACUGGCCUGCCAGGGGCUCCGAGGUGGUCACCAAGGGUUGCCCAGCUGCUGCCCUCAGAACUGCACCCUGAUUUCCGGUGAGGCUGACAGGCACCUCCGCCCUCUCCCAAACUCCAAUACCAGGGUUUCUCCAACUCUCCGCAGCCAGCCCAGCACCCUCACAGCCAGACUUUGGAGAAGACCCCCACCUGCGUUAGGCCCCCUGCCUCCCAAUCCUUGUGGAGGUCCCAAAAGGCUGACUAGGUGACAAGGAUUGUGAGGGAGUCAGCCCCUUCUCUCUGUCUCCCCCUACCCCGGUCAGAGGUCCCCAGUCCCUGCUUGGCUUCUCAGGAUCCAGCGGCAGUGUUCUUGUCCUGCCGUGGCAGCCUUUGCCUAGUGCCUUACCUGUGGGGACCCCUGCACCUGCCCACACAACAAGGGGCUCCACUGCCAGCAUAUACUGAUUCUGCCCAGGUCUGCUCCGUCCUGGGCACCUGCAGCCCUCCUGCCCAUGCCAGCUGACUUGUCACUGUACUCAUAUACCCGGCAGCUACACAGCGUGGGGCCACAGCCCAGGACCAGGGUGCUGGGCCUCCCAUCUGUGGGCACCCCCACCAGACCCCCGCCAGUGCCCUAACUCCCGGGCCCAUGGAGCAAUAUUUAAAGAUUGGACUUUGUAUAAAGUAGCUUCCAGGUUUUGUAACGCGUCAUUUUACAUCUUUCGUAAUUAAAGGCAGCACCA